CAUCUAUUUGUCCAUUCACUUCCGGGUCAGGUCACAUGUGGCUUGGGCUGUGGCAAAAAAAGUACACAAUGUUUUAUCACAUUUCCUUGGAACAUGAGAUUCUUCUCCACCCACGAUAUUUUGGUCCAAACCUCCUCAACACUGUCAAACAGAAGCUGUUCACUGAGGUGGAAGGAACCUGUACUGGAAAGUAUGGGUUUUGUCAUAGCGGUGACGACGAUUGAUAACAUCGGUGUGGGUGCCAUCCAACCAGGGCGUGGCUUUGUGCUGUACCCGGUCAAGUACAAGGCCAUUGUCUUCAGACCAUUCAAGGGAGAAGUUGUUGAUGCUGUUGUCACCCAAGUGAACAAGGUAGGACUUUUCACCGAGGUGGGACCUAUGUCGUGUUUUGUGUCCAGACAUUCCAUCCCAUCAGACAUGGAGUUUGACCCCAACUCUAACCCACCCUGUUACAAGACAUCAGAUGAGGACGUUGUGAUUCAACAAGAUGAUGAGAUCAGAAUCAAGAUUGUUGGCACAAGAAUCGAUGCCAAUGACAUCUUUGCCAUAGGAUCCCUUAUGGAUGACUAUCUUGGACUUGUGAGCUAAGACAUAAAAACUGGCAUCUGUCCUGCUUGAAGACACCAUCUGGAUAUGAACAUCUUACAUUUCAGUAUGGCAAGCAACUAGUCAGUUUGCCUACACAUCCUAGUUUUAAUAUUAUGAAGUUGUUAACAAAAGUUUUGUAUAUUUUACUUUUACACGUAUGUCAAUUGUGUAUGAAGCUCUGUAACGCUUUAGCUGUAGUUAUACUUAAUCUUAGCAUUUUGUACAGUUUAAUAAAGGAUCAUUCUGUA